AUGUUCAGACAAGCUAGAUUUGUAUCGACAUUUCCCCUCAAGAGUGAUAUCAAUAUCACUAAAAGUGGAAAAACCCUUUUGUCGGUUGGUCAGGGUGGACGUUCCUCAAGAACUGGUUUCACCGCAACUGUUUUCGGGGGUACAGGUUUCUUGGGAAGAGUAGUUGUAUCCAAGCUGGCAAAGCAUGGUACCAAUGUCGUUGUUCCCUUCAGAAAUGACCGUGCUAGGCGUCAGCUUAAGGUCAAUGGAGAUCUAGGUGUUGUCAACUUUGUUGAAUUUGACAUCAGAAAUCUCAAGAGCAUUGAGGAUUCAGUUAAGUACUCGGACAUUGUUAUCAACCUAAUUGGUACCGAGCACUUCUCUAAGAAUUUUUCCAUUGAAGACGUCAACAUUGGAGCUGCUGAGCGUAUUGCAAAAGCUGCCAAGGAAGCCGGAGUUUCUCGUUUAAUCCAUGUUUCUUCUUAUAACGCAAACCCAUCGUCGAGCUCUGAUUUCUACGCUACUAAAGGUAUUGGAGAACAGGUUGUGCGAGACAAUUUUGGUCCAGAUGCAACUAUCGUUAGACCGGCUCCCAUGUAUUUUAGAAACUCCCCUUUCCUGAAUGAGCUACUUCAAAUCAAGGCACUUGGUGGAAAUGUUAUUUUCAAGAAGGAAGUAUACCCAGUUCAUGCUUUACAAGUAGGAGAAGCUAUAGAGAGGAUUGCUUUUGAUGAUGCCACUGCUGGGCAGACGUAUGAACUUUUUGGAAAAGAAAGGUACUCGAAGAAAGAACUCAGAGAAAUGAUCAAGCAUAUCAUUCACAUUGGACAAAGGGGGUACUACCCAUACUCUGCAGGUUUUUACUUGCCAGCUCCUGAGCCAUUCUUGUAUGCAUUUGCUUUAAUCAGACAAUAUAUCUCUUCUCAACCCCGUUUUAAUGUUGAUCAAUUAAAGAGAUCUCAUAUCAACCAAGAGAUUGACCAGUCAGCCAAAACUUUCACUGAUCUUGGAAUGGUGCCUGACGAAUUGAGCGAGUAUCUCUACAGAUAUGUCAAACCACAUAUCUCCUACACCUCUCAAACGCAGAAUCGAACCGUCUACUCGAAGGAAGACAUUGAGAAGCUGCGGGAUUAUGUCAACACUCCCAACGAUUCUUUCAAUCUGUUUAACGUUUAG